GUUGUUAUGUAUGUACAUAUACGCAUUAAUGAGCAAGCUACAUACAUGACGAAUACUUGAAAUACUUUAAGCUAAAUUCCAUCCAUAUGCUUUUUGCUUUCUACUUAAAUAUUCUUACAAAAAGUCAGAUCAAAUGGACCUGUAUAUGUAUACAUACAUAUGUAUGUAGGUACUUGUAACAGUCAUGCUAUUAUCUCACGUUCUUUUAUGAAUUUCUCGAUCUUUAACAUUGCACAAAACUUUUAAAAUACAAGAUUUGAUCAUUAUGGGAAAUUCGGUGCUUCUUUUCGAUCAUGUGAAUCACGAAUUAAAUUUACUUGAAAUUUUAGAACUAUUGACUUGUAAUUUUUAUCUUAAAUGUUAAUUUCAAACGAAAAACGAUCAUACAUGAAUUAGUUCUUGGUAUUUGCAAAUCUAAAAACAUACGAAAAGUAUUCCUUACAUUUGUCCAUAUAUAGGGAGUUAUUAUUAAAAAUAUGAACCAAAAUAAAGUUUUAAAAGACCAUACAUUGUCAGAAUAUACCAUAGAAAAGUUAAAAGUAAUUAAGGAAAAAUUAAAGGAUGAUAUAAUCCAGGCUGAUCCUCUAUGGAACAUUGUAAGAGGGAAGAAGGAAGAAGAAAUGUACACAAGCGAAGAAGAAAUUACAGAUGAGAGCAGCAAAGAUGAUAACGCUUCGUCCAUGAUACUCGAUGAUAUCGAACCGUCUACUCAAUUUUAUUUUACGCAAUUGGAAAAAAAUUUUGAUCAAACAGAGAAACAGACAACUACGCAAAAGUCUGAUAUUGUAGAAUGUCUUUUUGAAGGAUUAGAGUGUUCUAAUGGAAAAUUAGAUCUAAAUCAAUUAGAGAAUUUAGUAGACGAAGAACUUGUGGAUGUAGUUUGUCAAUUAAAAAAGAAAUUGAGUAUAACGGGUGCUUAUAAUUUUUGUUGUUCCAUGAAUAAUAUGACUUUAGAACAACAAAUGAAAUAUAUAGCAAUUUUUCUCAGUCAUUUGUUACUACCAAAGAUAAUUGCUCUAGAAGAACCAUCAAGGUUACUAUUAUCUGUUAUCGUAGAAUGUGUCCAAAAGUUUCCGGAUGAUGUUCAGAAAUUCAUUUUUAUUCCUCUACUAAAUGUUGAUUUAAAAGAAGUAACAAUCGUUAAUGCUAUAGCAAAUGCUUUUGAACCUCGAAGAAACAUUGUUCUAAUUACGGAAUAUUUAUCUCAUGCAAAAGAACUCAAGUCCUGGCAUCUUCCCAUUCUACACAAUUUAAUAUUUAUUAAAACGGAUAUUGUGACGAAUGAUAAACUCGUAAAACUAUUGUCACAGAAAGCACUUGAUUUUGCUAAGGAGAAAAAUUUUGGAAAACUUGUAUUAUCGUUCGUAAAAGUAAACACAAAUUUCUCAGAGCAGCAAAAGUAUUUAUUAUGGGAAAUAGCUAAUAUAAAUCAAACAUUGUUUAAGAGACCCAUAAAAAAUAUUUUAAAAACUUUGUAG